AUGUUUGGCUCCAACUCGUUGUCGCUUCCCGCCACUUUUGCUCACGAGCAUCGCCCUCUCCGCCUGACCUCCGAAAAUGCGCGCCCUCAACCGACCGGCGAAUGCCGGUAUCUCCUUCUGCACCCUUCGGCACCGAAUCAACAAUGUUCCUGCCAGUCCUUCCACCACAAUCGUGGCGCUCCCGGAAAUAUUUGUGAAUGCGGCCACCAAGCAUGCUACCAUGUCCAUGACACUAUCAAUGACAAGAAACCUGCCCUCAAUGCCAUUUUGGAGAAACUAAGUGACAAAAUCAAGCGUUUGGAGGAAACUAUCCAGAGUGAACGUGGAAACAGGGAAACUGCUCUUCAAAGAGAACGACAGAUGUGGGAGAGGGAGGUUCGCAUCUUGCGCGAGGCUCUGGCCCCCUUUUACCAAGGCGAGAAGGAGAUGCUUAGGAGGCUUCAUGAAAUUGAGAACAGGGUCGGAAGCAACUACGAUGAACAGGUCCGCUUGAGAGACCGUGUGGUCGCGGUUGAUGACGCUGCUUGGUCGAUGGAGAAACGGCUAGAGGAAUUGGAGGGCGUGCGUUCCAAGAGAAGACGACUGGGCGCCAACCAUGUUCCGGAGGGGCCGACACAGAACGGCCACUCUUCACCCGACACCAUGAGACGAGUGUCUUCGAGUGUGGACGAAAAAUCCAUCCACACCCCUUCCUCGAGAGCCCUAUCGCCGAAUGGGCACGCUCCAGCUCCUCCCGAGGCAGAAGAAGCUCGCUCUAGCGGUAUCCUGAACCUGGUCGAAUUGCCACGUCCGACUUCCCUCAGCACGUCUCAGCACCUGUCCCCAGCACAAGAAGAGCCAAGGUCAAGCGGAUUUCUGAACCUCGAUCUUGCAGAACGCCUCGGUCAGAAGGCAAAAUCUGAUCAAGCGCAGGUCGCUCUCCAUAGCACCGGCGCCUUGCCUCCCCAAGAUCAACCAAGUCCGCCCGGCUAUGCGAACUCUGAUCCGGGGGUUACCAAGUUCAGUCGCACUCCAUCCAAGGCGGACUCCGGCAAAGAACCUGCAGUGAAUGUCGUGGUCCUGCCUGUCACUGGGUCUCCGCGAAAGAGAAAGCACCAUUUUGACCACCUUGCCUUGGAUGUACUUGCAGAUGUCACCGUGGCCAGCCCACUCAUUCACUGA